ACCAUCUUAUCAACAUGAGGGUGAUACUGUUUGUGGUGACAGUGUGGCUGAUGCUGCUGGGGGUUGCCCUGGCCACACCUGGCCCUGUGGCACUGCCUGGCCCUGUGGCACUGCCUAACCCUAUAGCACUACCUGAUCCUGUGGCACUGCCUGAUCCUGAACCACACCCUGUGGCACUGCCUGACCCUGUGGCACUGCCUUACCCUGCACCUUUCCCAUCGCCAGUACCUUUACCGGACCCCUCACCUGAUCCUCAAAGUGGUCGUUCUGGUGGUGGUGGUCGUAAUCGUUCUGGUGGUGGUGGUCGUAAUCGUUCUGGUGGUAGUCGUCGGGGUAGUGGCAGUAACAAAGCUAGCAGUGGCAGUAGCAAAAGUGGCAAUGGUGGCAAUAACAAACGUGGCAGCAACAAAGGUGGAAAUGGUGACAGUAGCAAAGAUGAUUCUGCUGAUAGUGAUGGUCUUAAUGGGUACCGAGGCUAUGGUGGGUACAGAGGCUAUGGUGGGUAUAGGGGCUUUGGCAUAUAUGCUCCUUGUCCAUACUAUAGUUACCAUGGUUACUUCUUUUUCUGCCCACUGUUAUAAUGACAGAACAGUAAAGUGUUGACGAGCCAGGAAAUUCUCCAUACAUCAUUGUCCUCGAGCUGAAGAACCAACAUAUAACCACUUCCUUCCUCUUAUCACAUUUUCUGGUGUGCUAAAAAGUCUUGUUUAAGUAUUGGUGACCGAAGUUAAUAAAACUUUCAUUCCCUAAUGGACGUGAUGUUUAUCUUAGUCCUAAACACUACAAAUUUUCUGAGGAAAAGUUUCUAAUCCUUGCAGUAUGCAAAUAUCGGUAUUUUAUAUUUUAG